CCCUAAGAAUUAGAUUUAGAAAUUUAAACAACUCGCGGGGCAAAUCCAUUUCUUUCAGCUCUAGGGUUUUGCGAUUCCUGCAGGAGCAGAGCGGACGAGCGAGAAAGAAAGAAAAAAAGAAACAAACAGGAGAGGGAAACAAUGAGCCGGAGCUUGGGCAUACCAGUGAAGCUACUGCACGAGGCAUCCGGCCACGUGGUAACGGUGGAGCUUAAGAGCGGAGAGCUUUACAGAGGAAGCAUGGUCGAAUGCGAGGAUAACUGGAAUUGCCAGCUCGAGAACAUCACCUACACCGCUAAAGAUGGAAAGAUAUCACAGCUUGAGCAUGUUUUCAUUCGAGGCAGUAAAGUCAGGUUUAUGGUCAUACCGGACAUGUUGAAGAAUGCUCCUAUGUUCAAACGCCUCGAUGCUAAAAUCAAGGGUAAGAGCUCAUCUCUAGGAGUUGGCAGAGGUAGAGCUGUUGCAAUGAGAGCCAAAGCUCAAGCUGCCGGGCGUGGCACAACAGGUGGUAGAGGCGUUGUGCCAUCGGUUCGUAGGUAACUUUGUCUUGUCAAAUGGUUUCUAGUCUCUAUUGUCAAAGCAUCGUUCAUCAUUAUAUGCCACUGGAUAAAUUCUUGGGUUUAGUGAUCAAGCUUGUACUCAUUUGAUGUAAAAGGAUCUACACUUUUGUUAUGCUGACGAAAAUGAAAUUAGAGGUGAAGUACUUUUUCAUGGAUCCAUAUGAAAGCAAA